CAGAAAGUGAAAUCAAAAGUAAAUUCCCCUUCAUUCAAAUCUGCACCAGCGUGGAUUAAGGUCAAAUCCGUUUAUUGAAACGUAUCGUUCAGAUCCUGUGUGACAUAACUGGAGCGAGUACAGUGCUACAGACAAUUUAGAGACUUAGUCUGGAUAUUAAUUUGUCUUCUAGAGAAUAGAUUUAGUAUCAAUUCUUCUGCAAUGGCCAAUCUGUGCAGAAAACUGAUAUUUAAUAUUUACAUGGGAUUUUACUGCUCAGCCAUUAUGGCCAAAAUAUGCAUUUGUUCUCAAUUUUCAACGUCAUCUAUUGAUCCAUUCAAUAAGGACCCUGGGGCUUUCCCCGUAGCCACCAAUGGAGAACCAUUUCCUUGGAACGAGCUAAGGCUCCCCAGGGUGGUCAUUCCUCUCCACUAUGACCUUUUGGUCCAUCCAAAUCUUACCUCCCUGGACUUUGUUGGUUCUGAGAAGAUUGAAGUCUCAGUCAGAGAUGCCACACAAUUCAUCAUCUUGCACAGCAAAGACCUUGAAAUCAUGAAUGUCAUCCUUCAGUCAGAGGAAGAUUUGAGAUACAGGAAACCAGGAAAAAGGCUGAAUGUUUUGAGUUAUCCUGCUCAUCAACAAAUUGCACUGUUGGUUCCAGAGGCACUAAUGGCUGAUUUGAGAUACUCUGUGGCUAUCGACUUCCAGGCCAACUUAGCCAAUGGUUUUCAAGGGUUUUAUAAAAGCACAUACAGAACUCAUGGUGGUAAAACAAGAAUAAUUGCAGUAACCGAUUUUGAGCCAACUGAAGCCCGGAUGGCUUUCCCUUGCUUUGAUGAACCAUCAUUUAAAGCCAACUUUUCCAUCAAGAUAAGAAGAGAAAGUGGACAUGUUGCACUCUCCAACAUGCCAAAGGUGAAGACAAUUGAACUUGAAGAAGGCCUCUUAGAAGAUCACUUUGAAACUACUGUAAAAAUGAGUACAUACCUUGUAGCCUACAUAGUUUGUGAUUUCAACUCUGUGAGUGGCACCACCUCCUCAGGGGUCAAGGUGUCCGUCUAUGCAUCCCCAGAAAAAUGGAGUCAAACCCAUUAUGCUUUGGAAGCAUCAUUAAAGCUACUUGAUUUUUAUGAAAACUACUUUGAUAUCAAUUAUCCACUCCCCAAACUGGAUCUAAUUGCCAUUCCUGACUUUGAGUCUGGAGCCAUGGAAAAUUGGGGCCUCAUCACAUAUAAAGAGACGUCACUGCUCUUUGAUACUAACACUUCUUCUGCUUCUGAUCAACUAUGGGUCACCAAAGUCAUAGCCCAUGAACUAGCCCACCAGUGGUUUGGCAACCUGGUUACAAUGGAAUGGUGGAAUGAUAUUUGGCUCAAUGAAGGUUUUGCAACAUACAUGGAACUCGUCUCUGUUAAUGCCACAUAUCCAGAGCUACAAUCUGAUGAUGCUUUUUCAGACGUGUGUUUUACAGUAAUUAAAAAAGAUUCAUUAAAUUCAUCCCGUCCUAUCUCCAAUCAAGCUGAAACUCCUACGCAGAUAGCAGAAAUGUUUGACUCCGUUUCCUAUAACAAGGGAGCUUGUAUUUUGAAUAUGCUCAAGGAUUUUCUGAAUGAGGAGAAAUUCCGCAAAGGAAUUAUUCACUACUUAAAGACAUUUAGUUAUGGAAAUGCUAAAAAUGAUGAUUUGUGGAACAGUCUGUCAAAUAAUUGUCUAGGUGAUUUUACAUCUGGUGAAUUUUGUUAUUCCGAUUCCAAGAUGACAAGCAAUACACUCGCCUUCCGAGAGGAAAGCGCGGAGCUCAAGGAGAUGAUGGCGACCUGGACUCUGCAGAAAGGAAUUCCCCUGGUGGUGAUCACACGAGAAGGGCAUUCCCUCAGGCUGCAGCAGGAGCGCUUCCUGAGCGGGGUUUCCAAAGAGGACCCUGAAUGGAGGGCCCUGCAGGAAAGGUACCUGUGGCAUAUUCCAUUGACCUACACCACAAGUUCCUCGAAUGUGAUCCAUAGACACGUUCUAAAAUCAAGGACAGAUACUCUGGAAUUAUCUGAAAAGACCAGCUGGGUGAAAUUCAACGUGGACUCAAAUGGCUACUACAUUGCUCACUAUGAGGGUCACGGAUGGGACCAACUUAUCACACAGCUGAAUCAGAACCACACACUUCUCAGACCUAAGGACAGAGUAGGUCUGAUUCAUGAUGCAUUUCAGCUAGUAAGUGCAGGAAGGUUGACCCUAGACAAAGCCCUUGACCUGACUCGCUAUCUCCAACAUGAAGCAAGCAUUCCUGCACUUCUCAAAGGUCUGGAAUACUUAGAGCUGUUUUACCACAUGAUGGAGAGAAGGAAUGUUUCAGAUGUCACAGAAAACCUCAAGCAUUACAUUCUCCGGUAUUUUAAGCCAGUGAUUGACAGGCAAAGCUGGAGUGACAAGGGCUCUGUCUGGGACAGGAUGCUUCGAUCGACCAUCCUAAAACUGGCCUGUUACCUGAACCAUGCUCCUUGCAUCCAGAAGGCAACUGAACUCUUCUCUCAGUGGAUGGAAUCCAGUGGAAAAUUAAACAUUCCAUCGGAUGUUUUAGAGGUCGUGUAUUCUGUGGGUGCUCACACAACAAUAGGUUGGAAUUACCUUUUGGAGCAAUAUGGACUGUCCAUGUCAGGUGCUGAAAAAAAGAAAAUUCUGUAUGCAUUGUCAACCAGCCAACAUCAGGAAAAGUUAAAGAAAUUAAUUGAACUAGGAAUGGAAGGAGAAGUCAUCAAGACACAGGAAUUGUCCACUCUUCUUUAUGUGAUCGCCAGAAAUCCAAAGGGGCAGCAAUUAGCCUGGAAUUUUUUAAGAGAAAAUUGGACCCAUCUCCUAAAAAAGUUUGACUUGGGCUCAUUUGCUAUGAGAAUGAUCAUCUUUGGCCCAACAUCUCACUUCUCUUCCAAGGAUGAGCUGCAAGAGGUGAAACUGUUCUUUGAAUCUCUUAAGGCACAAGGGUUACAUCUGGAUAUUUUUCAAAUGAUUUUGGAAGCCAUAGCCAAAAAUAUUAAGUGGCUAGAGAGGAAUCUUCCCACUCUGAGGACUUGGCUACUGGUUAGUUCUUAAAUGGUCAGUAGAAAGAGCACAUCACAUGUGGGCUUGAAGUCAAUAAAGCCCAUGUCAAAGUCCUGGGUAUUUUGUCUAAACCAGUAAGAAGCCCCAAGAAACCAGCCACCGCAGCUGCCGGCUCUCAGCGGUUGUCUCUGACAGAUGUAUGAUGUUGAGGUGGGGGAAGUCCAGUUCAGUAGCUUACUUAAAUGUAAACUUCCUGAAUACUGGAGAUAUGCGGAGAUGUGAUGUAGAUAUACAGAUAGAUAGCUGCGAUAGAUUAGCCACACCGCCCACUACCUACACUGCCUUACAGCAUGCUACUUUUUUGCUUUUUUGGUGUUUUUUCUAGCCUUGCUUAGCAUCCUGUACUUUGCCCAGCCAGUUUUACCUUCAAGGAAGCAUAGCCAAUUCUUUUUUUAAAAAAUCUUUCAUUCACAUCCUUUCAUUUCCUCCCCUUUUUCCUCCUUCAUCUCAGCCUGAAUAGUUUAUUUAAUUUUUACCAUUCCUGGAAAAUUUGAAUCCAAUUAUGAAGUAUAAGGAUCAGGAAACCAGAGAAUUUGUCACCAAAUCUCUGAUUAUUAGAAACUAGGUGUCAGGGUUUACCCACAAAGCCAGGAGGGCUGCUUCGCUUGAGCCUCACUUUCUUUUUCUUUCU